GGAAGUGUUUGUCCUGUUUCGGCAGGCUGAACAAAGUGACGUGAGGAGGAGGAGGAGGAGGCUUGUGUUCAUGUCAGUAUCAGCGACAAUCCUGUCAACAAACUCACACAGAGUGAGAUUCAUUCCGUUCACUAAAUGGACAUCUCUUGACAGAAGACUUUUUAGUUCGAGGAAAGCGCUUAUACUCAAGAACUACAGAGUAAAUGUCAUCGGAGCUCUGACCCCUGGAUCCUCCACCCCAGUCCCAUAUAAAUGUCGAGUGGUGAAGCCAUGACUACCGUCAACAUUACCAGAGAUAUCCUGCACAGGCAGAUCAGGGACAAGAGGGCGUCAGGCUUCCAAAGGUCCUAUCAUGUGACUGACCCCUUCAUCAAGAGACUCGGACUGGAAGCUGAGCUUCAGGGUCAUACAGGCUGUGUGAACUGUUUGGAGUGGAAUGAACGAGGAGAUCUACUGGCCUCGGGCUCAGAUGAUCAACAUGCCAUCAUUUGGGAUCCGUUCAAACACAAGAAGCUCACAACUAUGCACACAGGUCAUGCAGCAAAUAUAUUUUCUGUAAAGUUCCUCCCUCACUCCGGAGACAGAAUUUUGAUAACAGGCGCGGCUGACACAAAGGUCCAUGUGCAUGACGUGACAGUGAAGGAAACCAUCCACAUGUUUUCUGAUCAUACCAACAGAGUCAAACGUAUCGCCACAGCACCCAUGUGGCCCAACACCUUCUGGAGUGCUGCGGAGGACGGCAUCAUCAGACAGUAUGACCUGCGGGAGAACAGCAAACGCUCUGAGGUGCUGAUUGACCUGACAGAGUUUUGUGGUCAGCUGGUUGAGGCCAAGUGUUUGGCUGUCAACCCACGGGACAACAACUAUAUGGCAGUGGGAGCCAAUGGUCCCUUUGUACGUCUCUAUGACAUCAGGAUGAUACACAACUACAGAAAAUCUAUGAGUCAGAGCACGUCUGCAGCUGUGCACACAUUCUGUGAUAGGCAGAAGCCCAUCCCAGACGGAGCCGGGCAGUAUUAUGUUGCAGGGCACCUGCCAGUGAAACUUCCAGACUACAAUAACCGCCUUAGGGUCCUGGUGGCCACAUAUGUCACCUUCAGUCCAGAUGGCACAGAGCUGCUUGUAAACAUGGGAGGGGAGCAGGUGUAUCUGUUUGAUUUGACAUUUAAACAAAGGCCGUACACCUUCUUGCUUCCAAAAAAGUGCCAGUCAUCCACAGGAGAUGUGCAGAAUGGAAAGACAACCAAUGGCGUCUCCAAUGGAAUUCACUUGCCAACCAGCCAUAUUCGCUUUGCUGCAAACAAGAUUCGCUCAAGUUCUUCUGAGCUCCCCUCUCACUUGGAGAAGAUAAAGCAACAAGCUAAUGAUGCAUUUGCACAACAGCAGUGGACACAGGCCAUCCAGCUGUACAGUUUAAGCAUUCAUGAGGCCAGCUGCAACGCCAUGCUGUACGGGAACCGGGCUGCAGCGUACAUGAAGCGAAAAUGGGACGGAGACCAUUACGAUGCCCUCAGGGACUGUCUGAAGGCUCUGACCUUAAACCCUAGCCACCUGAAAGCCCAUUUCAGACUGGCACGGUGUCUGUUCGAGCUGAAGUAUGUGACAGAGGCUCUGGAGUGUUUGGAUGAUUUCAGGGGAAAGUUUCCAGAGCAGGCGCACAGUAAUGCCUGUGAUGCCUUAGAUAAAGAUAUCAAGGCGGCUCUCUUCUCUAAGACAGAAUCAGCAACUGAAGAUAAGAAGUCCAACAGCUCCAUACGAUUCCACUCGUACAGUAGGAAAGAGUCGAUCCCCGAAGACGAGCUGGUGCUGAGAGAGCGCAGCUUCGACUACAAGCACAGAUACUGUGGUCACUGCAACACCACCACAGACAUCAAAGAGGCCAACUUCUUUGGGAGGUCAGUAGAUCUGACUCUCAGCCUGCAGAGGCCUCACUAGGGGGCAAUCACGAGCUUGUGAUACAAAGUGAAAAGCAGCUUUCAUUCAUGAAUCUAGUCUGUGGGAAUGAUAUCAACCAGGUUUUGAUAUUGAGCA